UAACAGAAUUUCGGAAUUUUUCCGAUCAGACAACAGGGGACAUAAAAUUUAAGCAGCAAGAGUGAAAUGUCAAUCAAGGAUUUGCAAAUUAAGUACUAAUAGUUAAACUAUAGUGAAUUGUUCUAAUUAAUUGACUUCAGAAGUUUGGUAAAACUUCAAUGUUAGUGUAAUAAAGGAAAAACAUCUGACAACCAAGAGGAUAUCGCGGUGAAAACUAAAGUUCAAGUUGCACUUAUUUCAGAUAGUUGUUGCCCCGGAAUUAGGAUAAUAAAUUUUCUGGUAGGAUACAAGUUAAUUGAAUUUGUUAAAAAUGGAACCGCCUUGUACAUUUCAUCAUUGCGAUGAGGCUGUGAUCGCUACUAACGACGAUGCCAGCGAUUGUAAACGUUGUGCAGUUCGUUUAGGAUAUUGGAAGGAUGACUAUAUUGGAUAUUUUGUUCGAAAUCAAGAUAGAAAAGCGCCAGAGAUUAAUCGAGGCUAUUUCGCCAGAGUUAAAGGUGUCGAAAUGUGUAUAGAAAAGUUUCUGAAGAAAACUGAUGGAAAUUGUCAAAUCAUAAACCUUGGGUGCGGUUUCGACACACUAUAUUUUCGGCUGAAGGACACACCACAUCAAGUUAAAAAUUUUAUAGAAUUAGAUUUCCCAACGGUUACAGCUCGAAAGUGCUAUACAAUUAAACGCAAUAAAGCACUGCUAGCAAAAAUCCAUGAUGAGGAUGGUGAAGUUCGUCUUAGCACAACAGACUUGCAUGGCCCCAGCUAUCACCUGAUGGGCGUAGACCUACGAAAUCUUGACGAAUUAGACAAUAAGCUGCAACAAGCAGAAAUUGACUACAAACUUCCUACGAUAUUUCUUGCGGAAUGUGUGUUGGUAUACAUUGAAGCUCAAAAUUGUAAGAAUUUGCUGAAAUGGAUUUCUAGCAAAUUUAUCACUGCAGUAUUUGUCAACUAUGAGCAGGUCAAUAUGAACGACAGAUUCGGAGAAGUGAUGUUGAAUAACUUACGCAGCAGAGGUUGUAGUUUAGCUGGUGUUGAGUCAUGCAUUUCUUUGGAUACCCAAAUAGGUCGAUUCCUGGAAUGUGGGUGGAACGGAAGUCGAGCAUGGGAUAUGGUACAGGUUUACCAAAGCAUAUCCCCUGCAGAGAGACAACGGGUUGAAAGACUGGAGAUGCUUGAUGAAGCAGAGCUUCUUAUACAGUUAUUCCAACAUUAUUGCCUUGUCAUUGCUUGGAUAGGUGAACUAUUUCAAGACAUUGAAAUAACAGUCGAAAAGCGUAUGUCAUCAUUGAACAUCGAUUGAAGGAGGUUUAGCAGUUACAUACAAAUUUAAUGUGAACCACAGACCCAGUGUAAUGCAUUGUAUGGAAUGAUGCUAUUCGCCAUUGCUUAGUUAUCCCGGGAGCACUGUAAAAACAACUGCUACUUUUAUAAACGUUAUUUUUAUAUUAAAUGAAAAGUUUCAUGGCUAAUUGUGUACUUUAAAAUUGAACUAUUUAAAAUAUAGUUUCCUGUUUGUAAGAUAUAAGCGAAUUUGCAAGAUACAUUUUUUAUGUAAUUUAUAUGUAAAAAUUUGUAACCAUCUAAAACAAAAAAUCCAUGUUAUAAUAUUUCUAAGUGUUAACAAAAUUUUUCUUAUGUAUACUUCCACAACUUCUUAACAUCAUAUUUUCCUCCAUCCAAGUAUUUAUCUUAGUGUGUGCCGUGGUUAUCACUUAACAAAAUAAUCAAAAUUAAUACUGAUAAAGCUGAUGAGUUUAAAAAAUUAAUUCAAUAUAGUAUAUGUAUAUGUUUAUAUGUAAGAGAAUAUUUUGAAGAUAGUUUUGAAAACUCCUUAAAUAAAAGUGUUUGCAUUGUAACAGGUGUAGAUAUUAUUAAAUUCUUUUUGCUUAA